AUCUUUUUGGUUUUGCAAUAAAAAUGAACAACAUUGAAAACAUAGAAUAAUUUGAGUCUUCACUAUAUAAUAAAAAGUGUUUAAUACAACGUACACUGAAUAUUUUUCUACGUGUACUCAUUAUAAAUUUUUUAUUUAGUAAUAACAAUAUGCAAACCGUUGCUAACAGACUACACGUAUAAAAUAGUCAAACUUCUUUAAAAUAUAAUAUUCAAAUCAAUUUCUUCUGUAACCGAAGCGAUUAUUUCGCCCAAGCAAAUAUUUAGAAAAAGUAAACAGCAAUAAGUAUAUUUGUGCACUCAGAAUAGCAAUUUUUUUCGUAUAUGUUGCAUAUGUACAUACUUAUGUACUUUCAUAUGUACAUAUUAAGGUUUUCGAAAUUUUUCAUUAUCAAGUGUUGCCUUUUAACAAUCUAAAAAUAAGAACACUGAAAGAAACGAGCUCAUUUCCUUUUGAUGACGCUCACGGAGAACAACACAUAUGUCUAUGUACUAUAUUGACCAUACUCAUGUAUUAUAAUGUUUAAACAUUCAACUAAAUGUUCGAACUGGCUCAUGGACAAAGUAUGUACUAUGUAUACAUAAGCAUUAUUACGUGGAUUCUACAUACAAUUGGUUCAUUCGUUUCGGCCAAAUUUGUAGCAGUAAAUUUACAAUCAUUAAUAGUGGCGCACUUUUAUUUUGCGGAAUAAUUCUUUUGUGAUAAACAACUGCAUAAAAGUGUUGAUGUUUUUUCCUACGUUCUGUAUUCAUAUUAACAAUUAAGUUCAGUGCGCUUUGAUUUUGUUUACAAGAAAUGAGCACUACUUCUCUACCUCAGCCAAACCGAUGUCGAAACACGGCCUUUAAUAAAGCUUUUAAGCUUUUAAGUUUGAAUUUAAAAACAUCUAAUAAAAAGUUACAAUCGACACCUUCGUUCGGUUCAUGUAAUGAAAUUUCAAAUUUCAAAAUGCUAAACAAAAAUGGAAGUAUAUCAAGCAACCAUUUUCGUGGAAUUCGCAGACAAUUGAUUGACCAGUAUACAACAUCUGCAUGUCAUUUAAUGACUAUUGAUGAUCUUUACGAAGAAAUUCUAUUUGAGAUAUGCAAUAAUUUCGGGUGUGAAAGUUAUGACAUGUGUCCUGACACUAUUUUGGAAUUUGCUCAAGAAGUGUUCAAAAUGUCUAACACAAAACAUGAUGACAUUUUGACAUUGGCAAGACAAAAAGAACCACCAAAAAUGCGUCUAAAUGUUGAAAUUAUUAAAGCAGAAAAUUUAUUGCCAAAAGAUGCAAACGGAUUUUCAGACCCUUUUGCUACUAUUUAUUUGGAGUCGAAUGCUUCGCAUCGUUAUAAUACAUCUGUAAAGCAUACAACGCUGAAUCCAAUUUGGGAGGAGCAUUUCUCAUUGCCUAUAAUUGAUAACCCCAAAGACGAGGUACUGGUGGUGGAAAUAUGGGAUUUUGAUGCUGCAGAAACUGUCAAAGAAAAAGUUAAUAAAUUACUCGAUGUAAAAGGAGUUAAAGGUCUUAGUAAGCUGAUGAAAGAAAUUGCACAAGCUGCUUCUACGGGAAAACAUGAUAAUGAACUAAUUGGACGCGCAGCAAUUACUUUGAAGUCAAUUUCUACUUCAGGUAUAACUGUUUGGUACAAUUUAGAAAAGGGUUCUAAAACAAAAAGUCGUGGAUCGGUAUUGCUUAAUAUGACAUUAAGUGCAGAAAAGAAUAAACGUGUUGCUAUUCAAGAGCAUAAACAUUUAUUAAACAUAUUGUUGAUUCAUGAGUUGGAAAGCUCUCAAGUGGCUGAAUACUGGUGGAAUGGAAAAUUUACAACAAAUGCAGAAUUUAUUCGGUCACAACAUGCUGUUCAAAGUGGUCUUACAAAUUUUGAAUGCGCUCUUUGUCAAUGGAUGGUGUAUUCGAAGAUCCAUGAGAAUCAUAAAUUAAAUUUUACACUCUUUAACAAUAUUCUUGAUAUCAUUAUACCCAUACUAAAAGUACUUCAAUCAGACUCGGAAGACGUAAAAAUAUUUUGGGAAGGAGUGAAACGAAUUUUACCAUCAUGUUUCUCAAUUGUGCGUAAAAUUCGCGCAAGAAAUGUUAGUGAUAAACAUAUUGUCAGCACACUAGGCGAAGUUUUAGACAUUAUUGCGAAAAUCAAAACAUUGGGAGAACCAGUGCUUGAUAUAUUCCCUGAAAAUACGUAUGGUUUUAUUAGUCUAAAGGACGAGGAUAUAAUUAACACUGAUAUAGUAUUGGUAGCAGUUAUUAAUACUGCUACAAAGGAGUGGUUGGAAUAUAUUACAGAAGGAAGUAAGCCGCAUACACGUGAUGAACACAAUGACGAAGAAAACUUACAGUUUUUGAUAAAGCUUAUACAUAUGGUGCGAUCUGAUUUACAAAGAGGAAUGGAAUAUUUUGAUAAACUCUUUUAUCAAAAGCUAAGAAUUAACUAUUCGGGUAUUCUUUUCAAAUAUUAUGAUGCAAAUUUGUUCGAUCUUUGUAAGGAAAAAGUUGAAAACGUUUGUGCACAUAUUAAAAGAAUCGAAAUACCGGAUGACACUUUGGAGUUUUCCAACUUUUUGGAUGAAGAAUCUCUCAACAUGGGCACAACACUCUUCGAACUAUAUUUAGUAUUAAAGCGGUUUGUUACUUUAGGUAGAUCAUUAUAUACGAAUUACGAGCUAGCACUAGAAAAGUUUUAUUCCUGGUUUAUGCCUGGCGUUACUCAUUGGCUCGACAUUUCAAUUGUUAAAGCUUUAAAUCGUAUUAUUAAAGCAAUUGAACUGGAUCAAUUGCAGGCUGUCGAUGAUACGGUUAAAUAUAGCUCAUCAGCAGUGGAUACUCUAGCAAUAUUCUACCAAAUAAAGAUAUUCUGGCAACAACUUGAUUGGCCUGAUAUUGAGGGAUCAUAUACAUUUGUUGCCAAAAUUAUCGAUGAUGUUUGUCGGUGUUGUGUUUUUUACUCCAAAAGAAUGUCGCGGCAUGUGGAAUCUCAAACAACGGACAAUGAUUUAUUUAUUGUUUCUGCCGAGUGGUGUUUUGCAAUCAAUAACAUCGAUUAUAUUAAACAAAGCUUGCCUACAUUCAUUAAGGAGUUAGAAACAGAUGACCUUAUUAAAAAAAUUAGCGAUUUCCGAACCAACCUUGAUGCAGAUCGCUGUGCUUCUACAAUUAAAAAUUUAAUCGAAAAUGCAUUGGAUACUCAAAAAAAUCAAAUUUUAGAACUUAUAGACAUAGUAGGCAGGAAAAUGGCUCCUUCGAUUAAACGAUUUUUAGCCGAAGGUGCUGAAGUUUUACAUGAAGAUUCCAAUUCAAUGGAAAAGCUUAUGAUGUAUAUGGAAUCAUCUUUAAAAAUAUUAUAUGAAACUUUAAAUGAAGUCAACUUUGCUCGAAUUUUAGAUGCUAUUUGGAACGAACUUUCCGUUAUUAUGUACGACCUUAUACAAUCAAAUUUAGAUAAACGGCGGCCACCAUCUUUUUUCCAGAACUUAAAGCAAACAUUAAUGGUGAUGACAUCUUGUUUUAAGAUUGGAAACGUAGUCACAUCAGAUAUUGAAGUAUUGAGGGAAGUUGAAAAGGCGUUAGAUUUACAUGCUUUCGAGACCUCCGAUUUAAUUCAUCAGUAUUAUAUAGAAUUGUUGGGAUAUCAACAGGGAAUUUCAAAAUCGCAAUUCGGUCAGCUCACAAUAACAGCAAAUUUUACCCAAACCGAAUUAGUGCUUCAUAUUUUAAAUGGGAGAAACUUAGUACCUAUGGAUCCAAAUGGAUCAUGUGAUUCAUUUGUAAAGGUGCAUUUUUAUCCGACUAACAGAUUUGUGAAUACUCCUACAUAUAAAACGUCUGUGCAUCAUAAAACCCGAUUUCCUUUAUAUGAUGAAAUAUUUAAAAUCAAUUUAACAGAAGAACAACUUUCCAAACAUAACAGUCUGAUAUUAUUUAGCAUAAAAGACAAAGAUCUCUUUGGAAUGACCAGUCAAUACAUUGGUGAAUGUUAUAUAACUUUUGCAGACCUCAUGGCUAAUGAAAAUGAACAAAUUCAUAUGGAGCUAUCUCGACCACAGUACAUGGAAUCGGAUACUAUUCGUGCGUUAGAAUUCAGGCAAGGUGACAAACAGGCACGUGAUUUUCUGAAAAAAUUACGAAAUAAAUUGUGAAAUUUUGUCAAACCAAAACUUUGAUUAGUAGCUCUUGAUUGGAAUUAGUUCCUCAAUUCAAUAAGUAUGAGUGGUGCUAAAUUUAUAAAAUAAUUUUCUUUCUAUAAUUCUAUAUAUUGUAAACUAUUCGAAUAUUACAGACGACAAGCAUAUUAUAAACAAUAUUUUCUAUUUCUUGAGUUAUUGUCCCCGUAGUAAAAAUAAUUUAAAGUGUGAAUAUUUUAUAAUACUGAAGUCAGUAUUCUUGAAAGCGCAAAUAACAAACACACAAAUUUUGUAAAACAUUGAAAAUAAUGUAUUCUUAAAAAAUUAAAGAAAACUAUUAAAAUGAAAAUAUUCGUUAUAAAAGAUGCAUAAGUGCCUUAAAACCAAACUUCAAAACUAGCAAAGUAUAAAUGACAUGAAACGAACUCCCUAAUCUCUCAGUUUUAAGGCUGGAUGCCUGAAAUAAUCCCGCUAAAAGUAAUUUGCAAUUCAGUGUGAAAUACACUGAUAAUAUAAAAUUUUGUACAACUAUUUUGAUAGCUAUUCUUUGUUGCUCAGAAAACAGAGAUUUCGAAUCAUGUCAUCAUUGCUUACACUACUAGCUUUACAUAAUUGGAGAAUAUAAUCCAUAAAAAACAAAAAAGUCUUUCACUGAUAUACUCACACUCUUAUACUUUGUUUUAGUAACUAUUAAAAAAACGAGAGCUAGUGUAAUACAUACUUUUAUACAUGUUAAAAACGAAAUGAUUUUAUUAAAACUUAAUUGUCUUAUUUGGUGAAA